UGUUUGUGUGUGUGUGUGUGUGUGUGUGUGUGUGUGUGUGUGUUUGCAGUCUCGGCCUGCUGCAGGUCGCCCGUGCUGCUCGGUGUGUGUCAUGUCCUCUGAGCGGCGUCAUGAAUGAGGCGGAGGGUCUGCGCUUCCGGCGGCUGCAGCGGCCGCAGGUGAUCACCGACGAGCUGCACGAGCCGCAGCACAAAGGAUCCAGCAGCUACAGUGGGAAGGUGUUCCGGGUCACGCUGCUGUCUCUGGCCUGCUUCCUGCUCCUUCCUCUGCUGGUGGUCGUCCUCAUCCUUGAGUCGCCCAUCCAGCCCGACGUCCUCAGUCUGAAUGAGCCGCCCGUCAUGUCCGGCUGCUACGAGCCCAACCUGAAGCUCAGAGAGGCUCAGCGUCUGUUUGAGGAUCAGCUGCUCGGGGCCGAGUCCCUGGCCAGCGUCGGAGAUGUUCUGUACACAGGAACAGCUGAUGGCAAGAUUGUGAAGAUCGUUGGUCGCAGAAUCCACGUGGUGACGAGACUCGGCAGGCCGCCGUGUGGCUCCAGGGAGGAGGAGCCGACUUGCGGCCGCCCGCUGGGCAUCAGACCGGGACCCAAUGGCACACUGUUUGUGGCAGACGCCUACCUGGGAGUGUACGAGGUCAACCCCAGCACAGGUGAGGCGACCCGGCUGGUGGCGGGCGGUCAGCUGGUCGGCGGCAGGAAGUUGUCGUUCAUCAACGACGUGGCGGUGACACGGGACGGCAGGAAGCUGUACUUCACCGACUCCAGCAGCAGGUGGCAGCGCAGAGACUACCUGAACCUCAUCAUGGAGGGCAGCGCCGACGGCCGGGUGCUGGAGUACGACAUGGAGAGCGGCGAGCUCACCGUCGUCAUGGAGAACCUCAGAUUCCCCAACGGCAUCCAGCUGCUGCCUGACGAGGAGUCGGUGCUGGUGGCCGAGACCACGAUGGCUCGCAUCCGCAGGGUUCAUGUCUCUGGGUUGAAUAAAGGUGGGAUGGACACCUUCAUGGAAAACCUUCCUGGUUUUCCGGACAACAUCCGGCCGAGCUCCUCAGGUGGUUACUGGGUUGCCAUGUCGGCGGUGCGGCCCAACCCCGGCUUCUCCAUGCUGGACUUCCUGUCGCAGAGACCCUGGCUCAAGAAGCUCAUCUUCAAGCUGCUGAGUCAGGACGUCCUGAUGAAGGUGGUCCCUCGCUACAGCCUGGUGGUGGAGCUGCACGACGGCGGCGUGUGCACGCGCAGCUUCCACGACCCGCACGGCCUGGUGGCGCCCUACGUCAGCGAGGCCCACGAGCAUGAUGGGAGUUUGUACCUGGGCUCCUUCCGCUCCCCCUUCCUCUGCAAGCUGGACCUGAGCAAGGUGUGACGGGACGGAGCGGGGCCGCACACACACACACACACACACACACAGUCAUACACUCAUACACACACACACACACACA